AUGGCGGCGCGGCUCUGGCGGCUCUGCAAUCUCCUCAUGGCCGCCUUCUUCGGGCUGGCGGCCGCCGUGCAGGUGAACGACCCCGACGCGGGGCUGUGGACGGUUGUCUACUUAGUGCCAGCUGCCCUGACACUGCUUGUCAGCAUCAACCCUUCAAUAACAGACAACAGUGUUUGGAGGAACCUCUGUGACCUUCAUUCUGCUGGCUGUGUUGUUGGGACCAUUGCCUUGGCUUGCUCUUUGUUUGCUUAUGCUCAAGGAAACAUUUUUCAUGAAGAGGAAGGCAGAGAAUUGUUUGGUCUGGUGAUUAUUACAAUAUGGAUGAGUCUUUGUCGCAGUUCAGCAAAGAGUCCCCUGGGAGGAGCUCGUUUGGUUGCUGCAGUUGUUGUUGCCCUGUUCCCCUUUGUUUCGUGGCUGUACGUUUAUGUGAACAAAGACGUGCGAGAGUCUUGGCCAACACACUGCAAAACUGUGAUUUAAUGGGAUGGGAGAAAGUCUGCAGUGACUGUACUGACCUUAUUUGCCUUUGGCUUUGGUGCUUAAUGAAAGGUGGGUGUCAGUUUGAUAGCACCCAAGAAUGUCUGGCUGCUUCCAGCAGUGCCAGCUGAGAUUUGGUAAAAUGUUGAGGAACACUGUCAAAUCUGAGUGGGGAAUUCUUCUAUGGAAACGAAUUCACCUUGCUGCUUCUUACAUUUUCCAAACACCAUUGAUCUAAUGUCUGUUCUGAUGGUAUAUUCAGGAUAUCUCUGUAUCUCUAGAUCACUCUCCAAUCACCUCAUAUUU